AUGGCCUCGACUUCUAAUAGCAACAACAUCAGCAGUAGCAGCAACAACAACAUCAACAACAACAUAAUUAACGAUGAAGAACCACAUCUUCUGAAAAAUUUUGCUUCAACAAAUCGUAACUUAUUUCCAAUUUUAUCGAAGGUGAUUGAUCUUGAGGAUAUCUCUCAAAAUGAUGGACGCUUUCUCUACAACCCACUUUCAUAUCACAAAGUUCAAACUGGCAGCCUUCUAGUGAUGCAUGGGUGGACGAGACACCUCAAAGUGCUGGCUAGGACGAGCAACGACAAAUAUUUCACCAUUCCAUUAAACUACCAAGGAACUUUUAAAGUGAAAUUGAGAGCAUGCAACAGCUUAGAAGAAUUAAUAUCCCAUUCUAGUAUGGUUGAAGGGUGCCAAGAUUAUUCUAACAAACAAACUUCUAACGUAUCCAAAGCAAAUAAACCUAUUGAUAAAGUUAGAGUUGUCGAUAUUGAUAAGAAAUUCACUGGGGGACAAAUAAAAAUAGGCGAUAUCGUUCGUGUCAUUUGUGAGAAAGUUGCCUCCAAUGAACAGUUUAAAGCACCUCAAGUUGGAGAAAUUGUGUUAGAUGACACAAGUCACCAGUCCGAUGACGGUGAUGAUGAUUCGGUUCUGAUGUUCUACCAAAAAUUAGGCAGGGUGAGACUGGAGAAGAUGGAUUUUGAAAGUGGGAAGGCUAUGGAGAUAGCUGUUCCUCUGGAUUUGAACAUAACUUUUGAGGAGGUAAUAGAAACGACAAAUCCGUCAAAAAGAUUGUGGACCAUAGGCGAAUUGUCAAACCUCAUUCAAAGGCAUUCGGUGUUUGUGGAAGUUGUGAAAGGAAGUAAAGAUCAUCAAACAUUGCACGAAGAUUUGCCUCUGAAAAGCGAAAUUGAAAUGGUCCAAGUGUUGGCCGAACCUUCGCUGUACGUUAGUGAACUCAAUCCUGAAGCUCCUGCUUUCCAUGUACCCACAAGAAUGAAAAUUUAUUUAAAGUUUCAUAAACAACUUUCGAAAAAGAGUAGCCCAUUCCUGAGCAAAACAUCUCAGCCGCUGAUAUCGACACUAGAUAGAUGUGUGGAGCACAUUGACUCAACAACCUUCCGAGACCUUCUUCAAAGAAAAUUAAAUAUAGAUUCCUUCCUGAAAGUUUCUCAAGCCAUCAACAAAUCAUCACGGGUUUCCACCUCAAGCAGACAAGACUAUAGUGUGGCUCGCAGAGCACUCUCCAUUGCCGAUUCCAGCAGUAGUUCGAAAUCAUCGCGGUGGGGGGCGUUAAGUGGAUCGUGGAAGAAGCACUUCACGCCAUCCCAAAAGCUUCCAAGGUCUCGCUCGUUUACAGCCGACAGUCGCUCACAGAGAUCCUCAAUGUCGAUGAAGCAGAUGAUCAGUGCAGUCAGUCAGAACGACGUCCGCUCCAUAUCCCGCUAUCCAUCGAGUACGGAUCGUAAGAAGAAAGGAAAUGUUGUAUACCUGGUGUCGGCUUCUAAAGGCCCGUCAAAAGUUUACAAAGUUCAGGCUCCAGACAUCACCGUCACCCCUCCAACCCCCCGCAUAACAACGAGUCCUUCUUUUGAACACAGAAGCAAACAUACGCUCACAAAGCAAAAACACAGAAACUUGCAGACAAUCAAACAGCAAUCAUCCAUCCAACUAAAACAGCCAACAUAUAGACAACAAUUCAUGAAAGCAUCAACAGAUUUUAAAGAUAAGCAACAAUCGCCGCAGAACGCGCAAGAAUCUUCAGCCGCAGUCUUAAUUGUUGAUUCUGACGAUGAUCGUGAUCUCGUUGAUAGCAAUGCACUGCAAAGUAAUUUGUCAAUCAACUCACACGCAACCCAUCAAGGAAGCAGUCAUAAUGUCCCAUCAAGUAGUUUAGACCUGAGAUCGAGCGUUGAUGCAAUUAAUAAUUACACCAAUAACUAUAAAACUGAAAUUAAUUGCAUUAAAAAUGAGUUAAACAUUGAAGAAUACAUCAAUAAGCAAAAUGGCAUCCAAAAUAACGGCAUUCAGAGAAUCAGCAUUCAAGAAAAUAACGUUCAAAAGAGCAACAUUCAGAACAACAAUAACCUUCAAGAAAACCUCGCACUCAACAAUAUUCAAAUUGACACCGUUAUAAAAAGCAACAACCGAAUCAGCAACAACCAAUCUAACAACAGCAUUUCAUUGAACAACAACCAAUCCAACAAAAACAUUCCAUUAACCAACAACCAAUCCAACAACAGCAACAACCAACAAAACAACAACAUCCAAAACAACAGCAAUCAAAACAUCCACACCCUACCCAACAGCAAUCAAUUACGAAUCAAUCAAUCAAUCCAGCAGUUCACCACUUUACAGAAUGGACAGGUCAUCUCUCUGAAUGAUUUCACUUCUCAUCAUCAACAAACACAACAGCUCCAACAGAGCUACCAACACGCUAGCAAUACUAACAACGGCAAUUUAAUUUUACCAGCAAACUACCAUCGUAAUAAUUCAUCUAUGCCUUACAAUAACUUCGUAAACAGUAGUACACCAUAUGGGAAUGUGAUCAACUCAAACUCACCAUUUAACCCACACAAUCAUCAUCUCAUCGCAAACUCUAUCAACGCUCUUAAUGACGAACAGUUAUUUUCAGCUCGUUACCAGAAACAACAACAACCUCAUCAAUCAUACCAACAUCAAUUCAGUCCGCAUUUUUAUGUGCAACAGCCCAACCUGUUUCAAUCGCUUAAUUCUAUAGUAGACAACAGCAAUUUGUACAGUUACCACAACUACAACAACAUGACCAACAAAUUUAACAACAUGUAUCUGAAACAGAACGAACCUAAAGUAAAACACAUAACGGUUAUCGAUACGUUCGCAGCUAACAACGAAUCCACAUCUCCGAUAGCUGUCCACAGUGCUCCUUCCAACAGAGCCUCGAGACAUUUCAACAUCACGCACCAUGUCGUCACUGAUGGAGACUCGGAGUACAACAUCAACUACAACAACAUCAUAAACACUGGCAUCAACAACAGUAACAUCAAUUACAAUAACAAUAACAGCAGCAACGUCAGCAGCAAUGUCAUCAGCAAAAACAUCAACAUGGAUGGUAGAGCGAGUGAUUGUAUGAACGGCACCUCCCAAGUCAAUGCAAAACUACAGCAAUCAAACUUAGAAAACACUUCUCAACAGCCUUACCAAGGUUGA